AUGAGAGUCGAGACCUGCCAUUUUUGCUCUCGGCCCGUAUACCCGAGCAAGGGUAUUACAUUCGUCCGCAACGAUGCCAAAUCUUUCCGAUUCUGUCGGAGCAAGUGCCAUGCGAACUUCAAGAUGAAGCGUCAACCCCGAAAGCUGAAGUGGACCAAGACUCACCGUGCCGCCCACGGAAAGGAGAUGAUUGUUGACUCGUCCCUCGUCCUGUCCCAGUUCGCCAAGAAGAGAAACAACCCCGUCAAGUACGACAGGAACCUGGUUGCCGCUACCAUCAAGGCCAUGGAGAGAGUCGAGGAAAUCAGAGCGCGCCGAGAACAGGCCUUCACAAAGCGCAGACUGGGCGGCAAACUGGCUCGCGAGCGCAAGCGCGAGGAGGACCGCAAGGUCGUUGCGGAGGGCGAGCAUCUUAUUCGCAAGGAACUGCGGGAGAGAGAGGAAGGUGUGCCUCUGGAUGUGUCCAAGAUCUCCAGCAGAGUGGUUGGCGAGGAGAAGAUCAGACAGAAGCAGAAGGCAAAGAUGUUGGUGGAUGGAGGUAUCGAGGAGGAGAUGGACAUCGAUUAG